AUGAGUGACAAUCUAAUGGACAAAGUAAGCUCAUUCAGUGAGCUACUCAAAAUCGGAGGUUCUGAGGUGAGCAAGAAAGUGAGUGCUGGUGUGAGCUCAAUGAGUUUCAGAGUAAAAGAACUUUUCCAAGCUCCCAACCCAACUGAUAAGCAAGUGGAGGACGCCACUUCAGAGAACCUAGAGGAGCCUGAUUGGGCUAUGAACUUGGAACUUUGCGAUAUGAUCAAUCAGGAGAAGAUCAACAGCGUCGAUUUGAUCCGUGGGAUUAAGAAGAGGAUAACGAUGAAGCAGCCUAGGAUUCAGUACCUUGCCUUGGUCUUGCUUGAGACUUGUGUUAAGAACUGCGAGAAAGCCUUCUCUGAGGUUGCUGCCGAAAGAGUCCUCGAUGAAAUGGUUAAACUGAUUGAUGAUCCACAAACCGUUGUCAACAAUCGGAAUAAAGCUUUGAUACUGAUCGAAGCUUGGGGUGAAUCCACCAGCGAGCUUCGAUACUUGCCGGUUUUCGAAGAAACUUACAAGAGCCUAAAGUCAAGAGGUAUUCGCUUCCCUGGAUGUGACAACGAGAGCUUGGCGCCUAUUUUCACACCUCCUCGGUCUUCCUCAAUACCUGAAGUGGACACCACUGUCACUGUUGCUGCUCAAAAUGUGAAUGAGCAUGUGCAGUAUAAUGCUCCUCGUGUACAGAGCUUCACAGUGGAGGAGACUAAAGAAGCUUUUGAUGUUGCGAGGAACAGCAUUGAACUUCUCUCUACGGUUUUGUCCUCUUCACCUCAUCAGGAAGCUUUACAUGAUGACUUGGCAAUUACACUUGUACAGCAAUGUCGUCGAGCACAAACCACGGUGCAGAGGAUAAUCGAGACGUGUGGAGAAAACGAAGCAGUUUUAUUCGAAGCCUUGAAUGUAAACGACGAGCUUGUGAAGACGCUGUCCAAGUAUGACGAGUUGAAGAAACCUUCUGCGCCAUUGGCUGCACCUGAGCCAGCUAUGAUCCCUGUUGCUGCUGAGCCUGUUGACUCUCACGUUCUUGCAAAAGAUGAAGAAUCGCUGCUCAGGUUGUCUUCUUCCGGUGGUGCUACUACUCAUGGAAGCAGCAGCGAUGACAUGAUGAUGGAUGAUCUCGAUGAGAUGAUAUUUGGUAAGAAAGGUUUUGGUAAUUCUUCAUCUGACGCCACCAAUGCCAAUGCUGCUACUGAGAAUGACCCGAAGAAGCAGCAAUCGUCUAAAAACGACGAUCUCAUUCGCUUCUGA